CAUGGGAGGAGGGUGGUGUGCAGAGCGGUUUUUUUUGCUCUUCUCAUGAUCGAAGCAGCAGCUGGAAGAUGACCAGGAUGGCAAUAAGAGCACUCUGGACAACUGUAAAUAACAAUCAGUGGUGAAAAGGGAAGAAAAUCAAGGCAGAAAUCAAAAUAUUUUCCAUUUCCUGCAGAAAACCAUACAAAUCUUCUCCUCCAGCAGCUGACAAAAGAGAGAAAAUUGAGAAAGAAUAAGCAGAUUAUGGAGAACUCAAGGAUAAAUUGAAUGAGAGGUGAACGGAGAUUUUACAUCAUUCAGCAAAAGAGGGAUAUAUGUGGAAGUCCGUGGGGAGGAAGGCAGACAGUAAUGCAGGCCUCUCUCUGUGAGGAAGAAGACGACUUAAAUGAAAGCACCACUAAACAAGACAUUGUCCAUAAUUUUGACCUCCUCAAGUAUAUCAGCUGUGAAAAAGCUCCAUAGAUUUGCCUAUUGUGGGAAAAGCACAGAUUGCGAAUCAAAAGUGAUUAUAUACUAGAGUGGCCAGAAAGGAGAAAAUCCAUAAAAAUUACCAGAAUGUGGCAAAAACUAUGGUCACAACAGCUCCCUUGUGGUUCAUGGAAGUAUCACCACACAAGAGGGAAGUGCUCCCAAUGUAAAUGCUUUAGUGAGCAUGGCAACAUGGUGCUACAUCAGAUAACUCACAGGAGGAAGAAAACGUAUGACUGCAGAUUGUGAGAAAGUUACAUUAGAAAUUCUCAGGUCUUGAGACACUAAAGGAUGCACACACAGGAAUAAAACCAUUUGGACAUCCUUUCUGUGGGAAAAGUUUCAGUGAGAAUUCCACCCUGGUGAAGCACCCAAGGAGUCCCACAAAAGUGAAACCCUUUGAAUGUCAUGACUGUGGAAAAAAUUUUAGUCACAAUUUUAGUCUGGUGACACUUCAGUAGAUUGACUCCAAGGAGAAACUGUAUGAGUAUCCAGAUUGUGGGAAAAACAUCAUUAGACAUUUCCAUCUGAAGAGACACAACUCACACAGAAAAAAAACCCUUUGAAUGUCCUGAUUAUGGGAAAGUCACAAUUCCAGGCUGUUGAUACAUCAGAAGAUUCACAUAGGAGAUAAAUGCUUUGAAUGUCCUGAUUGUUGGGAAACUUUUAGUUAUGAUUCCAAUUUGUGAAACACUAGAGGAACCAUAAAGGAGAAAAACCCAUUUAAUAUCCUGACUGUGGGAGAAGUUUCAAUCGUAAUUCCCACCUGGUAAUACAUCAGAGGAUUCACUCCAUGGAGAAACCUUAUAAGUGUGGAGAUUGUGGGAAAAGUUUCAUUAGAAAUUCCCACCUCCUGAGACACAAGACCACACACACAAAAGAGAAAGCCUUUGAAUGUCCGGACUGUGGGAAAAGCUUUAGUGAUAAUUGCAGCCUGGUGAAACACCAGAAGACUCACACAGGAGAGAAACCUUUUGAAUGUACUAUCUGUGGGAAAAGCUUUAGCAAAAAUUUCAAUCUGGUGACACACCAGAGGACUCACACAGGAGAGAAACCCUUUGAAUGUCCUGACUGUGGGAAACGUUUCAGUUGGAAUUCCAAUCUGGUGAGACACCAGAGGACUCAUACAGGAGAGAAACCCUUUGAAUGUCCACUUUGUGGGAAAAGUUUUAGUGAUAAUUACAGCCUGGUGACACACCAGAGGACUCACACAGGAGAGGAACCCAUUGAAUGUCCUAUCUGUGGGAAAAGCUUUAGUCAGAAUUCCAAUCUGGUGAGACAUCAGAGGACUCACACAGGAGAGAAACCCUUCGAAUGUCCUGAUUGUGGGAGAGGUUUUAGUCUGAGUUCCAGCCUACGGACACACCAGAUGACUCACACAGGAGAGAAACCCUUUGAAUGUCCUAUCUGUGGGAAAAGCUUUAGUGAUAAUUCCAAUCUGGUGACACACCAGAGGACUCACACAGGAGAGAAACCCUUUGAAUGUCCUAUUUGUGGGAAAAGCUUUAGUCAGAAUUCCAAUCUGGUGACACACCAGAGGACUCAUACAGGAGAGAAACCCUUUGAAUGUCCUGAUUGUGGGAAAGGUUUUAGUCUGAGUUCCAGCCUACGGACACACCAGAGGACUCAUACAGGAGAGAAACUCUUUGAAUGUCUGAUUUGUUGGAAACGUUUUAGUGACAAUUACUGCCUGGUGACACACCAGAGGACUCACAUGGGAGAGAAACCCAUUGAAUGUCUUAUCUGUGGGAAAAGCUUUAGUCAGAAUUCCAAUCUGGUGAGACACCAGAGGACUCACACAGGAGAGAAACCCUUCAAAUGUCCUGAUUGUGGGAAAGGUUUUAGUCUGAGUUCCAGCCUACGAACACACCAGAGGACUCACACAGGAGAGAAACCCUUUGAAUGUCCUAUCUGUGAGAAAAGCUUUAGUAAAAAUUCCAAUCUGUUGACACACCAGAGGACUCACACAGGAGAGAAACCCUUUGAAUGUCCUAUUUGUGGGAAAACCUUUAAUCAGAAUUCCAAUCUGGUGACACACCAGAGGACUCACACGGGAGAGAAACCCUUUGAAUGUCUUUCCUGUAGGAAAGGUUUCUGUGAUCAUUCCAGCCUGGUGAAACACCAGAGGACUCACACAGGUGAGAAAACAUUCGAAUGUCCUGAUUGUGGGAAAAGCUUUAAUCAGAAUUCCAGUCUGGUGAGACACCAGAGGACUCACACAGGAGAGAAACCCUUCGAGUGUCCUGAUUGUGGGAAAAGCUUCAGUGAUAAUUCCACCCUGGUGAAGCACCAGAAGACUCACACAGGAGAGAAACCCUUUGAAUGUACUAUCUGUGGGAAAAGCUUUAGUAAAAAUUCCAAUCUGGUGACACACCAGAGGACUCACACAGGAGAGAAACCCUUUGAAUGUCCUAUUUGUGGGAAAACCUUUAAUCAGAAUUCCAAUCUGGUGACACACCAGAGGACUCACACAGGAGAGAAACCCUUUGAAUGUUUUUCCUGUAGGAAAGGUUUCUGUGAUCAUUCCAGCCUGGUGAAACACCAGAGGACUCACACAGGUGAGAAACCAUUUGAAUGUCAUAUGUGUGGGAAAAGCUUUAGUGAUAAUUCUAAUUUGGUGAGACACCAGAGGACUCACACAGGAGAUAAACCCUUCAAAUGUCCUGAUUGUGGGAAAGGUUUUAGUCUGAGUUCCAGCCUACGGAUACACCAGAGGACUCACACAGGAGAGAAACCCUUUGAAUGUCCUAUCUGUGAGAAAAGCUUUAGUAAAAAUUCCAAUCUGGUGAUACACCAGAGGACUCACACAGGAGAGAAACCCUUUGAAUGUCCUAUUUGUGGGAAAACCUUUAGUCAGAAUUCCAAUCUGGUGACACACCAGAGGACUCACACAGGAGAGAAACCCUUUGAAUGUCUUUCCUGUAGGAAAGGUUUCUGUGAUCAUUCCAGCCUGGUGAAACACCAGAGGACUCACACAGGUGAGAAACCAUUUGAAUGUCAUAUGUGUGGGAAAAGUUUUAGUGAUAAUUCUAAUCUGGCGACACACCAGAGGACUCACACAGGAGAGAAACCCUUUGAAUGUCCUGAUUGUGGGAGAGGUUUCAGUCAGAAUUCCAAUCUGGUGGCACACCAGAGGACUCACACCGUGGAGAAAUCUUUGAAUUGUCGAGUCUGUGGUCAUUACUUCAAGCAUAAAUCAUCCCUUAUUGCACACAAGGUAAUCCAUAUGAGGAAAGCUAGAUGAGUUUA